CCCCUUUUUGUUGUGCUUCUUCCUGUAGUUGAAGCUGGAUUGAUGGAUCUGGAGGCUCCAUUUUGUUUGUCGCCUUCUCACCCCCCUCCCUCUCUUUCCUGAAGCCUCGUCUGCCAGAUUGGAUCUGUGUAGUAUCUGAUCUCAUGUCAGUGCCGUCUCCUCUACUCGUUCAAGAAAAACAUGGCAAAAGAACCAAUAAUUUCCAUCAGCCAUGACGUCGAUAGGCACUAUGAGAGUGAGGUUUCCCUUCCUCUUCAUCUCGGUAUGGACGGAAAAUAGACAAAGCAGAGUAAGAAGACCUGGCCAUGGCCACAGCACAGCUCCUAAUCCUCGCCGCCCUCCUCCUCCUGCCCCUCGUCGCCGUCCUGCUUGGAAAGCUGCACGGGCCCCGCAAGGGCAAGAACGGCGCCCGGCUCCCGCCGUGCCCACCGGGUCUGCCGUUCGUCGGCAACCUGCUGCUGCUGAGGCGCUACUCGUCCGACGUGGAGGCGCUGCUCCGGCGCCUCGUCGCGCGUUACGGCCCCGUCGUCUCGCUGCGGGUAGGGCCGAGCCUGUCGAUCUUCAUCGCUGACCGCCGCAUCGCGCACGCGGCGCUGGUCGAGAGCGGGGCCGCGCUCGCCGACCGCCACGCCGUCACGCGCGCGCUGCUGGGGGAGAGCGGCAACACCAUCUCGCGGUCCAGCUACGGUCCCGUGUGGCGGCUUCUGCGCCGCAACCUCGUCGCCGAGACGCUGCACCCGUCGCGGGUGAAGCUGUUCGCGCCGGCGCGCGCGUGGGGGCGCCGCGUGCUCGCGGAGAAGCUCCGGCGGGAGGCCGAGGAGGCCCAGGCGAGAGAACAGGCGCCGCCCCCCGUGAUGGAGACGUUCCGGUACGCCAUGUUCUGCCUCCUCGUGCUCAUGUGCUUCGGCGAGCGGCUGGACGAGCCCGCGGUGCGCGCCAUCGAGUCCGCGCAGUACGGCUGGCUCAUGUUCGUGGCCAAGAACACGAGCGUGCUCGCGUUCUGGCCGGCACUGACCAGGAUCCUCUUCCGCGACCGCCUCCAGGAGGGGCUUGCCGCUCGACAGCGGCAGAAGGAGCUCUUCGUGCCAUUGAUCGAUGCGCGCCGAGUGCGCAAGCAGCAGCUGGUCAAGAACCAAGGUGGUGCCGCGGUGGCGCCAGAAGAGGAGACGACGACGACGACGACGUUCGAGCACUCGUACGUGGACACGCUGCUCGACAUCAGGCUACCCGAAGAGGGGGACCGCGCGCUCACUGACGACGAGAUCUCCAACCUCUGCUCCGAGUUCCUCACCGCUGGCACCGACACGACGUCCACCGCGCUGCAGUGGAUCAUGGCCGAGCUGGUCAAGAACCCGGACGCACAGGAGAAGCUCUACAGCGAGGUCAAGGCGACGUGCGGCGACGAGCAAGGGGAAGAUGCCGAGGAGGACACGCAGAAGAUGCCGUACCUCAAGGCCGUCGUCCUCGAGGGACUGCGCCGGCACCCCCCUGCACACUUCGUGCUGUCGCACAAGGCGGCGGAGGACAUGGAGGUCGGCGGGUACCUGAUCCCCAAGGGCGCGUCGGUGAACUUCACGGUGGCAGAGAUGGGGUGGGACGAGCGGGAGUGGGACAGGCCCAUGGAGUUCGUGCCGGAGCGGUUCCUGGCAGGCGGCGACGGUGAGGGCGUGGACGUGACUGGCAGCAGGGAGAUCAAGAUGAUGCCUUUCGGCGCCGGGCGGCGAAUUUGCGCCGGGCUUGGCAUCGCCAUGCUUCACUUGGAGUACUUCGUGGCCAACUUGGUUAGGGAAUUCGAAUGGAAAGAGGUGCCCGGCGACGAGGUGGAUUUCGCCGAGACUCGCGAAUUCACCACUGUCAUGAAGAAACCGCUCCGCGCGCACCUGGUGCGCAGAACCACUUGUUUGAAUGGCGAUUGAUGGGCCAUCAGUCCAUCACCGUGAGGCCCUAGCUUUUGGUUCAUCUCUAGGCCUUUGUUUAGGCCCUGUUUAGUUUUCCACUUAAAAAUUUUUCAUCUAUCCCAUCGAAUCUUUGAACA